UCUCACGGAAAGUUUCGGCGGAGCCGCUGCGCGAAGUUUGUGCUGAUCCCGGUCCGUGAUGGCCAGCUCCCUGCUCCGGUACUGCCUGCUCCUCCCCACCGUACUGGCCGUGGAAGAAAUGUUGAUGAACACGAGACUGGAAACAGCGGACCUGAAAUGGAUGGUGUAUCCAGAGACCGGGUGGGAAGAGCUGAGCGGGAUCGACGACAAGACGAGCACGGUGCGGACGUACGAGAUUUGCGAGAUCCACACGCCCAACCAGAACAACUGGCUGCGCACCACCUACAUCCCCCGGCGCGGGGCCCAACGUGUUUACGUGGAGCUGAAGUUCACCAUGAGGGACUGCUCCUCUAUCCCCGACUCGAGGGGAUCCUGCAAGGAGACCUUCAACCUCUACUACUAUGAGUCAGACUCUGACUCGGCCACCCAGGGCUCCCCGGCCUGGAUGGAGAACCCUUACGUCAAAGUGGACACGGUGGCGGCCGACUCGGUCUUCCCCGACAAGAAGAGGGGCCGAGCCAACACGAAGACCCUCCACCUGGGGCCGCUGAACCGCAACGGCUUCUACCUGGCCUUUCAGGACCAAGGGGCGUGCAUGGCCCUGCUCUCUGUCCGGGUCUACUUCAAAAAAUGCCCCGCCAUGGUGUCCGGCUUUGCCUCCUUCCCCGAGACGGUGACUGGGGCCGAGCCCACGUCGCUGGUCAUCGCUCCCGGCACCUGCAUCCCCAACGCGGUGGAGGUCUCCAUCCCGCUGAAGCACUACUGCAACGGGGACGGCGAGUGGAUCGUGCCAGUCGGCAAGUGCACGUGCAGCCCUGGUUACGAGCCAGCGGAGAAGCACACCGUUUGUAAAGGUGAGCCUUGUUGCGGUGGAAAGGGGUAG